CUGUGCGCCGUCGCGUCGCGCAGCGCCCGGAGUCCAUGUCGGAAGCAGGCAAGCCCGAGGGCCGCGGUCGCGGCAAGGCGUCCAAGGGCGAGGGCCGCGGCCGCGGCGGGCGCGGCGGGCGGGGCAAGGGCCGGGGCAAGGGCCGCGGGUCCGAGGGCAAGGGCGCCAAGGGCGGCGAGGCCAAGGCCGGCGACGGCGGCGACGACUUCGAGAAGCCGAAGCGGCGCCGCCCGAAGCGCGACAACGACGAGAACGCCGACGCCAACGGGUCCGGCCCGGGCGCCUUCGCGACCGUCGCCGUCGGCAACCUGUCGUUCGAGACGAAGCGGUUCGACUUCAAGGAGCACGUCAAGGGCGCCGUGGCCGGCGGCUUCGGCCGCGUCGACGUCGCGACGCGCGCCGACGGCCGCAGCCUCGGCCGGGGCACCGUGACCUUCCGCGUCAAGGCCGACGCGGACGCGGCGGCGGCGAAAUUGGACGGAUCCGAGCUCGACGGCCGGAAGCUCAGCGCGCGGGUCCUGGGCCCCGGCGCCAGGGGCGGGCCGGCGCCCAAGGCCAAGGCGCCGCCCAAGGGCGAGGGCUCCGGGGCGAAGAAGCCCGAGGGGCCCCGCGGUGCGCCCGCGCCGCGCGCGGCGGCGCCCGCGGCCAAGGCCGCGGCGCCCAAGCCCGCGCCCAAGCCCGCGCCCGCGGCGCCCAAGGCCCCGACGAUCCAGACCAAGGGGCCCAUGGCCGGCAAGCCCACCUGGGCCUCCAUGGCGCGCAAGGCCAACGCGCCGCCGCCGCCGCCGCCCGCGCCCGCGCCGCCGCCGCCCGCGCCGCCCGCGGCCGCGCCGCCGCCGCGCGCGGCCGCGCCCGCGCCCCGGGCGCCGCCCCAGCCCCGGGCGCCCGCGCCGCGCCGCGCGCCGCCCGCGCCCGCGCCCGCGCCGCCGCCGCAGCCCCGCGCGCCGCCGCCGCCGCAGCAGCGCGACCCGCGCCUCGACGUGCGCCGCGCGCCGCCGGCCGCGCCCGGCGGCUACAACCCCUUCGGCAAGCCCACGGUCUACGGCGGCCAGUCGAACCUCGGCCUCGUGCCCGAGAGCUACCUCAAGGAAACCAGCGACAUCCCGCUCUCCGAGCUCGAGGGCGUCGUCUCCAAGCACUGAGCGCCGCGCGGAGCCCCCCACGUUUUUUGGGCGCUCCCCCUGCCGGGGGGCCCGCGCGCGCGAGCCGCCGGCGCUCACGAGUAAGAUUAGCACGUC